GUCCUUCGUAUAUGAUUUUGUCCAUGUAAGUUUUCUUCAUAGAGUCAAAUAGUACUUACUCUGUGAUAGAUAUAACACAAAAUAUAAAUAAUAAGGUCCCUAAUUCAGCAGCAACAAAUAAAAACAUAUAAAACAGUUUUCUUUCGGAAACAUGGACAACCUGUCGGACAGUUCAUCGUCCUCCUCCUCCACAGUGGGGGAAGAUGGGGGACGGUACCACAUCUUGAACUUAAAGUUCCAAUUAAAGAAGCUGGGGUACACCAAAUCGAUGUCCGACGAUUUGGCCGAAGUCCAGUACAAAAUUAUCAAAAAUUUGGAGGAGGAUUUGUCGAAACAGGCCGACGCCAUCAAGAAAUUGGAGAAGAAGCAGCGCAACAUGCAACGUUUGCGAUUGAAGGUUAAAACGUUGGACUACGACCGGACGCUCUUUUCCCAGUACCGAAACAUCGCCAACGACAUAAUAGACAAGAGGGCGCAGUUCAACGUCCUUAAAAAGAAAGUAGAAGCUUUGAAGGUGGAGAACGCCAAGUGGAAGGACUUGGUUAAGAAUAAGCUCAUCCUGGAGGAGCAACUCAACGAUUUGAAGUCACGACUGACCAAAUACAAGUUGAUUGAAAAGGAGCUGUUUAAGCUUCAGUGCAUAAACAUGCACUACGAGCACAGACUCAACGAGUGGUGCUCUGUGGCACGUGAGAUUUGUUCGGUGACUGACUCUGAGACGAUUAUACCUGAACAACUGAAAUUGGCACUGGAAAAGAUCCAGCAACGCGAGUUAGCACUGGCUGCAGAGAAAAUUGAGUUGGAGUCCAACCUUAAAAGAGUCGAGUUCGAAGCCAGGAUGGCGAAGCUUGAUCAGAAAAAGUUCCAGACCCUUCUGGCUGAGUUCAAAAGCAACACUGAAGAGAAGGAGCAAGUCAUCGCCAUGAUUCAAAGGUCCCUAAACAUAGUAACCAGCGAAAGGGAUGGGUACAAGUCGUUGCUUGACUCUGAGAAGUUCUAUUUCAGCUGCAGUGCCAAAUCUAGACAGGACAUAAAGAAUAGUCGUACGGAAUACGUCAAAAGACUGGAGACUAUAUGUGAGCAGUACCAUGUGUGUAUUGAAAACAUGCAAAAGGAGAUACAGACAAUGUACGAGGCUCAAGCUGCGAAAGCUUCACCGGAAAUGUUGAUGCACGAAAUUGAAAACUUGAAAUGUGAGAAUGAGAGGCUAAGGGAAAGAAAUGAAACUUUGACAAUACAGUUAGAAAACUCCCUCAAUUAGUACUGGAAUUAUAGUCGUAGUAGCUUCGUACUAUUUAAUAUUAGGAAUUUAGUUUGUUGUUAA